ACGGUCCAACGUUAAUGGAACCAUCAUCUCAUUCCUAAAGCAGGAGAUACAGUGUCCUAGUUCAAGAAGAAUCAUAUGCUAAUAUACUAACUUUUCAAAUUAAAAGAUAUAAACUUGGAAACUCAGCUUUGUUUGACUAAAUCCUGUUUUUUUUUUCUUAAACAUAAUGACAUAAAAAUAGAAGAAGGAAGAGAAAGUUUUAAAACAUUUAUUUGUUUGUAUUCCUGAAUGAUUCUUUUGAUCCUGAUACAUUUGUGAAUAUGAUGUUAAACAGCCUGGAUACCCGUUGGUUACCAUGGAGACUGAACACAGACUGGUGGCCAUGUCAUUAGCUAUGCAAUUACGUAUAUAUCUAGAUAUAUAUGUAUUUAGUGAUCUAAUUACAUAGAAUACACAUAGCUACCGUAUUUCCCGCAUUAUAAGGCGCAUAGAAUAGAUGCUACAGUAGAGGCUGGGGUUACGUUAUGCAUCCAUUAGAUGGAGCUGCGCUAAAGGGAAUGUCAACAAAACAGUCUUCGACUGAGGUUUUCUCUCUCUGGGUAGACCACCUGGGGUAGGGAUCCAUCAGGCCCCAUGAGGAGACUAUUUGGAGUCACAGGGUCCACGUCUGCCACAUCAGUUGAUACAUAGCCCAAAGGCUUUGAGUUCAGUAUUGAUUCCACCUCCAGAAGAACCAUGAGAAGUACCGCCUCCUGAAGAAGUUGGGAACCCACACAGCUUCGGAGAGCUGCCUUCACUGAACGAACUUCUGGCUCCCACACUCCGCCAAAAUGUGGGGCUGCUGGGGGAUUAAACUGAAACUUAAUCUUCUGGGAGGCUAAUUGCCCCUGCAGCGUCUCUGACAUAUUGGCAAAGGCUUCUCUGAGUUCCCGAUCCCCUCCCUUAAAAUUGGUCCCACAAUCAGACCAUAGCUCUGCAGGCUUUCCUCUUCUGGCAAUGAAUCGUCUCAGGGCCAUAAGGAAAGCAUGUUCAAUAUUAUGUUAUUUUAAGAAACACGUAUUGAUGCUGAAACACCUAUUUAUUGAUAUUUUAACAAUUUAAUUGGUUUUCAUCAAUAUGUUCUGGUGCAACAGGCCCUUUAUGAACAUUCAGGUUUUUGAUCUGGCCCAAAACGGAAAUGAGUUUGGAUAAAAACGAGUGAAUCAUGGACUAUUUUGAAUGUAAACAAGAAUGAAGAGUGAGAUAUUUGGUGGUGGAAUGAUGUCACACCGCCAGCAAAGGAAGAUUCUGUGAUGUCACUGGCGAUGCAGUCUGUGAUGUCAUCAACUCAGAAUUGUAUGUGACACAAUUCUGCAUAUUUUUCAUUGCUUGCAAUAUCACUGACUAGCUCAGACGUGCGCAAAGCUCUUUCCAAUCGACGGUUCAAGUAAUUUACGACAGAUUUUGGCUAAAGGAUUUGAGGUAGAAAUGUUUCACCAAUUUCAGAAAUACCGCAACGGGAUGAUGGGACUCCAGGCAAGAACGGGAGUCUGGAAAAACCCCCAAUGCAGCUUCGCUAGUGCACACUUGGAUAUUUUACACGGGGAAACCCAAAGACUGGACUCCAGUCUGGAAAUGGAGAGCGCCAGAUUAGAAGACCUGAGAGCUGAAAAGGACGACAUGUUUUUAGAAAUGUCCCAAAAGAUUGAGUUCCUGCAAGACAACGAGAAACGUCUGCAGGAAGAAUUGGCUGAGCUCAGACAUUCAUACAGUGAACUGAACUCUAAAUAUCAUAGUGAAGUUUCUGGAUUACAGCAAGACGUGGAGAGAUAUCAGCAGGAGGCGAGACGUGAGAAAGACGCCAAUGUAGAGAGAGAGAGAGAGAACCUGCAGAUUGUCAACGAACUAAGAGCUGAGAAGGAAGAGCUCUUCCAAAAAAUGGCAAGAAAGAUAAUAAUUCUGCGACACAGGGACAGGCAGAUGUUCCAUGAACUGGAUCGGGUUCAUGUUUCACAUGAGGAGCUAAAAUCUAGACAUAGAACAGAUGUAAUGGAGUUACAGCAGCAGAUUGAGACCUACCAGCAAAAGAUAAAGCAGGAUCAAAUGGCUCUUUUACAAAGACAAAAGGCGGAGAAGCUUAUAUGGGACAUAAACCGAUCUGCACUGCAACAAAUUGAAAAACUUCAACAGCAAGAAGAGAAAUAUCAGCAGGAGAUCAGAUGUUUGAAAAAUGAUUUACAAAGAGUGAAAGAGGAUCUCCUGCUGCCCAACACACUGAGACCUGAGGAAAAUGAUAUACAACAAAAAGACAUCACAGUUUCACAAGAUGAGGAGGACGGCUCACAGGACCAAGUGGACCCAGUUGAUGGCUUAAGUCAAGAGGAUUCUCCAGAGGUGAAAAUGUCAGGAGAAACUUUAUCAGGUUGUUCCAACGAUCCGGAAUCCUCAGAAGAGACAGAGAUCACUGGAGAAACCGUCCUGGAGGAUUUGGACAAUCUGGAUGCCAUGCAGGACGGUAAGAAGAAAAACUCUAAAAUUUCAUUUUGGAAAAGAGUAUGGAACAUUCUGCGAUGGCAGAAGCCAAAAAAAAACAAAACUAAAGAGUGAAGACUGUCAAGAACAUGUCUAAUGUUCUGGAUUUUUAUGAUAUUUAGAGAAGGAGAAAGACGAGCAAGAGAGGAAAACAGGAAUCAAACUCAUGGAGGUUGUAGCCUCUGUGUACGGGGCGCCAGGCCACGCUCCGUCAAAUUUAAAACGUUAAAGUUUUAUCCCCCAUUGACAAACUAGAAAAUAGAUCCCUUCCCAACCCAAUUGGAAAAAACGUGGGCAGCACGGUGGUGCAGCGGUUAGCGCUGCGUCUUCA